AUGCUCCAGACAGUGUGGUCCCAGGAGCCAGUGACUUUUGAGGAUGUGGCCGUGUACUUCACCCAGAAUCAGUGGGCCAGCCUGGACCCCAUGCAGAGGGCCCUGUACCUAGAGGUGAUGCUGGAGAAUUAUGCAAACAUAACUUCCUUGGCAGCAUUGCCAUUCCCCAAACCAGAUCUGAUACUCCAGCUGGAGCAAGGGGAAGCACCAUGGGACCUGGAUCCCUGGACACCCCUUGAGGGAGAGGCCCUGGGAGGUGUUCACACAGGUGGUAAAAACAAGACUGAGAGUGAGGAGCAAAGCCCAAGACUAAACAUUUCUAAAGACUCAGCGGCCCAUAGACUGAUGGCGGAGGGGCUGCUCACAGAAGCUCCCCAGCACCCUCACCUUAAGGACAACUUAGGCAGGCCACAGCCGUGUGACGCAGGGGAGAAACCAAACCAAGGAGGUUUCACGGACUUGCUGGUCCAGGACUACAGAUCCCCCGUCAUCAAAAGGGAGGAGGCAGGCAGGAAGCCGGAAGGAAGCACCGGUGUCAGCACCCACCUCCUGUCAAAGCAGGGCCUCCCUGGAGGACCGGCGUUUUACAAAUGUGGUGAGUGUGGCCGAUAUUUCAGCCAACAUUCAGACCUUCUGCAGCAUCAGAGGAUUCACACUGAUGACAAGCCCUACAAGUGCAGAGAGUGCGGGAAAGCCUUCAGGUAUAACUCAAAACUCUCCCGACACCAGAAAAUCCACACCGGGGAGAAGCCUUACUCGUGUCAGGAGUGUGGACAAGCCUUCGGUCAAAAUUCCCACCUCCUUCAGCACCAGAAACUCCACAGUGGAGAGAAGCCCUUCGGAUGUCAGGACUGUGGGAAAACCUUCAGCUACAACUCAAAACUCAUCCGGCAUCAGCGAAUCCACACCGGGGAGAAACCCUUUCAGUGUAAGGACUGUGGGAAGGCUUUCCGGUGUAGCUAUGACCGAAUCGUCCAUGAGCGCACCCACACGGGGGAGAAGCCCUACGAGUGUCAGGAGUGCAGGAAAAGUUUCAGUUCAAAUUCAGUCCUCAUCCAGCACCAGCGCAUCCACAGCGGGGAGAAGCCCUACACGUGUCAGGAGUGCGGGAAGGCCUUCCGCCGGAGCUCCGUGUUUCUCCAGCACCAGAGGCUCCACACUGGGGAGAAGCUCUACAAAUGCAAAGAGUGCUGGAAAACGUUCAGCUGUAGCUCCCGCUUUACAGUGCACCAGCGCAUCCACACCGGGGAGAAGCCCUAUGGCUGCCAGGAGUGCGGGAAGGCCUUCAAUCAGAAGGUCACCCUGGUCCAGCAUCAGCGGCUCCACACCGGGGAGAGGCCUUACGAGUGCAAGGUGUGCGGGAAAGCCUUCAAGUGGAGCGCAAGUUUCAUUCAGCACCAGAAGUUGCAUGCUCGCAAGAAGGCCACCCAAGUGACAGGGCCAGCCGUGGUUGGGCCCCGCUGCCCUGCUUCCGGCCGCCCCCCUCUGCCUGCCCAGCACGAGCGCUCUGCCCCCUCCGGGCCAGCGGCCGCCCCAUCUUCCCCGCACCCCACGCUCCUUCCUCCCUCCCUGCCUCUCUUUGUGCUGCUCCCCUCGUCCGAAAUGGCCAGUUCUUCCCCUGUUCAAAUAGUGCAUUGCUUUCAGGAUCUCACUUCCGCUGGCAGCCUGAAUCCUUUGUCCCACUCCCCAUGA